AACGGACGCACCGAAACCCGACUCGUUCGAACCGACGCCUACCCCAGGCUUCCUUCUUCUUCUUCUUUUUUUGGUACAUAGGCUUUUCUUCUUCAGCGGUUUCGGCGGUGUAAAAAGCGGCAGUGGCCUCAACACCGGAUACACAGAGCGCCCACAGGCGAGGCCACAGCUAUUCCUGCCCUUUCUCCUCUCCCCUCCUCGUCCUACUCCUCCUCCCUUCCGUCUCCGGCGAGGCGAUGGGCAGCGCGGGCGGCGGCGAGAAGCCGCCCACUACCCGCAUCCUCAGCAUCCCCAAGGAGGGAGAGCGGAUCCUCGCGCCCACGCGGCGGCCCGACGGCACCCUCCGGAAGCCCAUCCGCAUCCGUGCCGGCUACGUCCCCCAGGACGAAGUCGCCAUCUACCAGUCCAAGGGCGCCCUCUUGAGGAAAGGGGUUCAGCCUGAUGUGCCACCAGGCUACGAUCUGGCGCUGGAUGCCAAGCCGAAGACCAAGUCGGCAAAGAGGAACGAGAGGAAGAAGGAGAAGCGGCAACAGGCUGCACUUGCUUCGUCAACUGAGAAGGGCAAGAACUUGGAUGCAGAGCAAGCCAAGAUGGUAAAAUCUGAAGAGGUUCUUUCUGCUGAACUUGUGCCCGAGUGUUUGGAAUCUGUGGAGUCAAUGACUGAACAGAUGGGUAGGAUCUCUCUUUCCACGGCAUCUGUGGUGGUUAGUCCUUCUGCAAAUUUGAUGGAAGCUCCGAAACCAGAAGCUUCUGGUUCUGAUAUAGAUAAACGGAUUCGAGCACUGAAAAAAAAGAUUCGGCUCGCAGAAGCACAGUCAGGAAACCAACAAAAUUUGAGGCCUGAGCAGUUAGAGAAGAUGGCAAAGAUGGAAGAAUGGCACGAAGAACUGAAACUUCUGGAGGACAGAAAGGCAAAUCUGGUUUCAUGAGUUGCACUAGCUCAAUGAACUAGUUAUCAAAAUCCUAAUUUCAACUGGUUGUGAGUGCCCCUUUUGUGAAAUCCAGCUCUGUGGGCUAUAUUCUCAUUUUACUUGUGGGUGUUCUUAGCCAAUACCAGUAUCAGAUAAAUUGAUUACUUGUGGGUGUUCCUAGCCAGCACAAGCAUCAUAUAAAUUGAUUUUAGGACUUGUGUCUGUGCGGGUGGUGUACUUUAGUAUGGUUAAUGUAUGGGUGAAAAAUUGUGCACUUUAAUUGUUUAUCUUAAUUAGGUACUUAUGCCUACACAGUUCAUGCUUGCAGUUGUACAUGUCCUCAGACUGGUGACAGAUACUUACCAUUUCAGCUGUUCUGUUUUCUCAGGUAUCAGUUGCCCUUGUUGCCAGUUAUAUUAGUGAUUUGCAUUGCUGUAUUUUCUGCCUUCUGGAAACAACUGGUAAAGAUUAUUUUGCCCUUA